CGUGUUUAUCGUGUUCAGGUGCUUAUUGAUACAUCUGCAAGUGGCAGUAUAAAGGCUGUCUCCCCUCACACUCCGACACAGUACGUCUGCGAACGACAACGAUGGCGCUCAAGUUUGUUGUUCUGGCACUAGCCAUCUCUGCUGCGGCAGGAAAAUCAUCCCUUUCGAGCGCUAACAUUCAAGAGCUGCAGUACCGGGUGGAGGGAUGUGCCGCAGACUUCCCCGGCCGCUGGGCCGGCUCCUUCGACAGCUCACCCCAGGAACAGUGCGUUACAAACGCUAAAUACAAUGCCAGGAGCGGAUCCAGCCCCCAAAACCAAAUUAUUAAGGAACUGCCAAAGUGUAUGCGAUCCGCCGGCGCCGCUGAAUCCGACAUUACGAAGCUCUCAAAGUGUCUGAACAAAAACAUUCUUCUGCCAUGGACCUUCGUCGAAGGUGACACCGUCUACACCCAAUUGGAAACUUUUACGCACAUGUUCGCCAUUCAAGACUGCCUGGAAUCGUCUGCGGAUGUGAAGAAGGUUGACUCACUCGUGGGCAAGACCUGUGCCUACCAGCUGUACUUACAAUAUGGCUACGGCGCUUCAGAGGACGCAGCAAAGAAGUGGUUGGAAGCGUGCUUGCACAGAGCGAACGUUGGUAAGGCCACCGACGCCCUGAAGUGCUAUAGCAGUGCUCUCACAGACCCCGCCGUCAUCCAGCGCGCAGCGGACUACAUUGCUAAGAUGAGGGGUUAGGUUGAAAUGUUAUUUGCAGAGGCUAAUGCCUAUGCUACGAAUGGAUGUAAAAUAUUAAAACACUGCGUACAGAUUUACGUAAUUGUUUGCCUCCUCAAAUUUGACAGAUAUAGGUUAAGACGAAACUAUUGAAAUACCAAUACACAUGUCGAAUUAUCGAUUUUCUUGUGUCUUUGCAUGAUGCAAUAUAUCUCUGCUAAUAAAAUGGGCAAUUCUA